AAUCAACAAACAAAUGUCAGAGAAAGCUCUAGUAUUGAGGUUAAUUUGCUGUUUUUACCUAUAACGCAAGUGAAUAAAAGCAUGUUGGAUGUUAUCAGCUGAACAAGGUGACAAUAAAAAAAACAAAAAAUGGAAAAAGCACAGACGCACACGCACACGAAAGAAAUCAAACCGAAAAUUGAAACUCUGUCUGAAAAUAAAAGGACAGGCUUGAAUAACUGUAGGGCUUUAGUGUUUUUAUUAUUAUGGUACUUGUUUAGUGGCUGUACGUUAUUUUUAAACAAAUAUAUUUUGACUUACUUAAAUGGAAAUCCUACAGUUUUAGGGGCUUGUCAAAUGAUGAUGACUGCCACCUGUGGAUUUAUACAAUUAUAUUUUCCAUGUGGAAUGUAUAAACCUUCUCAGCGUCUAAACAAACCACCAGGGUUUUAUAAGCAUAUGGUUUUGGUUGGAUGCACAAGAUUUUUAACUGUUGUUUUAGGCUUGGUUGCAUUAAACUAUGUUGCUGUUAGUUUUACUGAAACUAUUAAAAGCUCAGCACCACUUUUUACUGUUUUGAUAUCCAGAUUUCUAUUAGGUGAACAAACAGGACUAUAUGUAAAUUUAAGUUUGCUGCCUGUUAUGUCUGGUUUAGCAUUGUGUUCCAUAAAUGAAAUCAGUUUUGAAUUGAUUGGUUUUGUAGCUGCAAUGGCAACAAAUGUAACUGAAUGUAUACAAAAUGUGUAUUCUAAAAUGUUAAUAUCUGGGGAUAAAUUUAAAUACACACCUGCUGAACUACAAUUUUACACAAGUGUAGCCAGUAUAGUAGUACAAAUUCCUGCCACCCUUUUACUGGUUGAUAUAGGACUAACUGGAAAAUUGGAACUGAAGUUACUUUUCUGUUUUGUCUUGAAUGGAAUUUUCUUUCAUUUCCAAAGCAUAACGGCUUAUGUACUCAUGGACUACAUCAGUCCAGUUACCCAUAGUGUUGUCAAUACUGCCAAAAGGGCGUUCCUCAUAUGGCUGUCCGUACUUAUGUUUGGCAACGCCAUAACGUUACUAAGUGGACUUGGUACCAUAAUUGUGAUAGCAGGCGUUUUCAUGUAUAUAAAAGCUCAAGAAUACGACAACAGGAUAAACAGUGCAAAUAUAUUGCAAAGAAAAGUUCGGGCGAUCUAGGAAAUUAUUUAGAUUAAAUUAAUAAAUACUUUUGUACCUUAAUUUUUAAUUUGGCAUUUAUUAAGUAAUAAAGAACAGGCGCAACUGUUAAAAACACGUUAUUGAGUUGUAAUAUAAAAUUAAAGUCCUUUACCGCAAGUAAAAAAUAUUGUGAUAAAAUUUUGCAAUAACUAUUUCUCUAUUUAAAGCAUUCUAAUUAAUAUUAGGAAUCAGAAUUGUUUUAUUUUUAGACAAUAGUACUUGUAAUUCAGUUUCAGCUACAUAAAUUAGAUGUUUGAUAAAUUGUCCAAUAAGAACAGUAAAAUAAAUAGUCAAUUGAUACCUAUAAAACGAGUGUUACCUAACUAAAUAAAUUAUUUGUACCUAUUAUUAAAUUUUAUUUAGUUAUAAUUUAACUAAAUUAUUUACAAAAUCUAUAUGUAUUACCUAAUUAAUUGUGAUAAGUUCUUGUAAAUUUUAAAUAUUAGUACUUAACU